CGGAUGCGGAAUAAUAUAUUCAUUGUUUCAUUAUUUUGCAAUGUGUUUGUAUCUAUAACAAAGAGACAAAGUUUUUUGAAACUAGGAUUGAUCGAAGUUAGUGAUAAUACACAGUAAAAUUAUUUUAGUUUAAAUUGGCUUGAAAUAUGGCUUCGGGAGUUUUAAGAUUACCCCCUUUACCUACAAUUCGAGACCUCAUAAAGCUCUACAGAAUAAGUGCAAGGAAACAACUCUCACAGAAUUUUCUCAUGGAUGAGAAUUUAACGUCAAAAAUAAUAAAGCAAGCGGGUCACUUGACCAACGGCCAUGUGAUAGAAGUAGGACCUGGACCUGGUGGUCUGACUCGAGCCGUUCUAAGAAAAAUGCCAAAAAAGCUGAUUGUGGUUGAGAAAGACAAGCGAUUUAAUCCCACUCUAAAAAUGCUGGGGGAAGCUUUUUCCAAUGCCGGUGGACAAAUGAAUAUUAUUUCGGAUGACAUCCUACGCACUAAUUUUGACAAGAUGAUCGACGAAAAAGAGAAAGUACGCUGGGAAGCGCGUUGUCCAAAUAUCACUGUUAUUGGUAAUUUACCGUUCAGUGUCUCUACCCACUUGAUCAUUCGAUGGCUUGAAUCCAUCUCGCGACACGAGGGUCUGUGGUCUUUUGGCAGAACUCGGUUGCUUCUUACUUUUCAAAAAGAAGUAGCCGAAAGAUUGGUCGCUCCGGUUAAAAAUUGUCAACGCUGCAGACUUUCGGUCAUGGCUCAAGCAUGGACCCAACCUAAAUUGAGAUUUCUCAUACCUGGCACAGCAUUUGUACCCAAACCUAAAGUUGACGUCGGGGUCGUUUCCUUCAUACCGCUCAUCACGCCUCGCACUACCCACGACUUCAAAUUGUUCGAGAAAGUCACCCGACACGUAUUCAGCUUUCGCCGCAAAUUUUCCAUCAAAGGCGUUGCCACGCUUUUUCCACCAGAAAAUCGUGAAGAACUGUCGAUAGUAAUGUUCAAAAUUGCAGACGUCGAUCCGCAAGCACGACCUUACGAACUGUCGGUAGAGGAUAUUCACCGUUUAUGUUCGAGUUACAAAUAUCUUCGGGAGAAACAUCCCAGUAUCAGUGAUUACGAAUAUCGGGCAUCGAAGAAAAUAAUGAGCCGUAAAUAUCUGCAAAACGUGGAAGUUGUCGAGUUCGAUGAUUAUGCGGACGACGAGCUCGAGGAGAGCAACGAUCGUGCGGACACCGAGAUCAACGAACAAAGCAUCGAGAAUCCCCUUUGCACAUUGAAUUCCCCUUCUACGAUUGAUUGAGAAGAAAAAACGAAGAGAUCAUCGUAAGAACAAUGCACUUGUAAAUAUAUUUACCGGGACUCAAAUUUAUUUUGUUGGUUUUACACUUGAAUAUUUUUGUUUUUUCACACGAAGGCCACAAGAUUAGGUAACCCAGGAAUUCGUGGCCGAAAUUUUGCACGAGCGGGUUCCUUUGUGUUGAAAAAUAUUUACAGUGUGGCUUUUAAAACUUAUUAACGAUAAUUAAUACAUUAAAAAUAUACAUUGUUAUUUCUUGAUUUUUCGCUUAAUCUUUCUAUCGAUUAUCAGCGAAGCAAAAACAUCGAAAUGAUUAAGCCGAUAAAUUAUUAUUGGCUUUAAAAAAAAGAAUGAAGGAUUAUUUCUGUUCUGAUGGAAAACAUUUUCCUCCUACAAAUAAAUGAUAGUGAGGAAAGAGAA